AUGAAAUUUUAUGAAGGGAACUCACUUCCUGAACGUGUGCACAGUAACUGCAGUGUCAGUGGCAGCCUGUGGCCGCAGGCCCCGUCCAAGUGCCUCUGCCUCGGAGAGCCGGGGAUGGCGCAUCCCUCCUCCCCGGACCAGCCGGCGUGUGUGAGUUGGCGGGGCAGCGGGAGGGCCCUCGGUGCUCCCCUCCCCCAGGCUCACUGGUGGGUGUCCCAGCUGGAGCCAUGCCCACAGUCAUCCAUCCGCGUGGGAGACACUGUUGACAGGUCUGUCUGUCCAGGCGGUGUGAUCACAUGA